AGAGGAGAGCUUGAUGUCUAAGGGAGUCACUCGGCGGAGGCGAAGCCAGCGGGAUCUCAACUUCUCGUGGCUGCUGAGCAGCGCCAAGCGGCGGGAUCGCUGGAAACCGGUUGGCUUCGACCGAGCGGGACCAUUCCCAUGGCAGGACUGCGGCUGGGGAUUUGACUCCGUUCACUCGCGGCCGCUUGACCUCUCCCCCGCCGCCGCCGCCCCUCCUCACUCAGCGAUGUAUUCACUGCUCUCCGCCUGCACUUGCGUAUGUUUACAUUUCUUGCUGCUGUGCAUCCAGGUACAGAUGUUUGUCGCUGAAGAGAAUGUGGACUUUCGGAUACAUGUGGAAAAUCAAACACGAGCACGAGAUGAUGUGAGCAGGAAGCAACUUAGACUCUAUCAGCUCUACAGUAGAACAAGUGGGAAGCAUAUCCAAGUACUAGGGAGACGAAUCAGUGCCAAAGGAGAAGAUGGAGACAAAUAUGCCCAGCUUCUAGUGGAAACAGACACAUUUGGCAGUCAAGUGCGGAUCAAAGGGAAGGAGACAGACUUUUACCUUUGCAUGAACAGGAAAGGCAAGCUAGUAGGGAAGCCGGAUGGAGCCAGCAAGGAGUGCGUCUUCAUUGAGAAAGUCCUAGAGAACAAUUAUACUGCGCUGAUGUCAGCAAAGUACUCAGGCUGGUACGUUGGCUUCACCAAAAAAGGGAGGCCUCGGAAAGGGCCCAAGACACGAGAAAACCAGCAAGAUGUCCACUUUAUGAAAAGAUACCCAAAGGGUCAAGUGGAACUACAGAAACCUUUCAAGUAUACCACAGUGACCAAGAGGACUAAGAGGAUACGGCCCACUAACCUCAGUUAAAAGAUAGACAAAAGACAGCAUGGUGCGAUUAAACUACAAAAAAUAAGACUGUACCAGAGAAAUAUUUUUACACU